CUGCUGCCCAUUUGCCUCUCUGCUGCUUCCUCCUCUGUCUCGCGCUCUCUCUCUCUCUUUCAUUCUUCGAGCCGGUGGCGAUAGAAAAGGGGGAAUCCAAACCCUAACCCUAGUUCCGGUUUUUGAUCUGGUUAUUGUUGUUGCUGUGGUACUGGUUGGUGAAGUGUGGUGGUGGUUGAUUCGGAUCUGUUGCCGUGGCAACGAGAGCAAUGGGUGAAAGGUGCGGAGAUGGGGACUGAGGAGAUCUGGGAGCGGCGAUGGGGAAGGCGGGAAAGGAUCAGACGGAAUCGGCAUUGCCGGCGUCGUCGGUCGACCGGGAUGCCGGCGAUGGCUACGCGAGGUUCCGCUCCGUCGGGCGGAUCGUUCGGCCCCGGUGCGUCGCGGCGCUGGUUCUCGGCGCCGCGAUGCUGCUUUCAGUCCUCUUCUGGUUGCCUCCCUUCUUGAGGCACCACGGGGCUCGCAGGGGCCACAGGCGAGAUCCACGGUUUGCAGCUGAUAUCGUAGCAAGUUUCAAGCUUCAAAAGCCUGUGGCUGAGCUAAAUGCCAACAUUGUAAAACUUCAACUUGACAUCUUUGAAGAAAUUGGUGUUCCUAAUUCUUCGGUAGCUAUUAUUUCUCUGGAACCUCUUGGUGGAUCAAACUGGACAAACGUUGUUUUUGGAGUACGGCCUUAUCCCAAAAAUUCAACCAUAUCAUCAACUGGUCUAAGCAUUCUCAGAUCAUCCUUUAUGUCGUUGGUUAUACAGCAGUCAACUCUUCACUUGACCAGAUCCUUGUUUGGUAAUUCAUCAUUAUUUGAGGUGCAAAAGUUCCCUGGAGGAAUCACAAUUAUCCCUCUACAACAUGUUUUCCUUCUCCAGAAAGUGCAUGUGCUUUUCAGUUUUAAAUUAAACUCUCCUAUUUACCAAGUCGAAAAUAAAUUGAGAGAACUGAAAGACCAGAUGAAGUUUGGGCUUCUUCUUAAUCCCAAUGAGAAUCUGUAUGUUAAAUUGACAAAUUUGGAGGGGUCAACUAUUGCUCCACCAACAAUUGUUCACACCUACAUUGUGCUUGCUGUGGGGCAUCACCAGCCUUCCUUGCCAAGGUUGAAGCAGUUGGCUCAAAACAUUCGGAAUUCUUCUGAAGCAAACCUUGGUUUAAAUCGCACUGUAUUUGGUAAAGUAAAGCAGAUUCGUCUGUCUUCUUUUCUUCAACAUUCUCUUACUAAUGGACACAGUAAUGGUUCACCAAGUCCAGCUCCAGAACCUCAUCCGGUCCAUCAUGAUCAUCACCUCCAUCACCACCACCACCAUCAUUCUCAUCACCACGGCCCACAUGUUGCUCAUGCUCCUACAGGAAGCAAUUACCAAACUCAAGCUCCUUCUGGUUGUCGAUACGGUUUUUCAAGCAAGCCAUAUACUAAGGAUCAUUUAGCUCCUGCUUCUGCACCUGUUACUGGUAUGAAGCAAUCUGCUGCACCAGCACCAGCACCAGCCUCACAGCAUUCAACUGCUCUUACAAAAACUCCACUAAGUUCUGCUGCACCUUCGAGUACCACGAAGAACUUACUUGCUCCUCAUGGGAACCAAAAUCCACCUACUCCAGCUUCUCAUAUGCCUCCAGUCUCUCCUUCACCUGUAGCACAAUCCCCAAGUGAAAGUUCAAGAAAUAACAAGUCUCCUGACAAGGCACCACCCAAUUUACUGGCAUCAUAUUCAUCUUCCGUUUCAGGGAAGAUUUCUCUGAAUUGGGUCUGUGCAGUACUCUUUGUAUUGGUGGGUUUGUAGCAAAGAAGGGGAGAAAAAUAUAUUUGUUUCUUGGUGUAGAUCAGCAAGUUUAUAGAAAGCGGGACAAAGUUGUUCCCCCCCCCCUCGUGCCACAAGAGACCAAAGAAAGGCUCGCAUCAGAUGCAAACGCAAAUGGUGCAUGCAGGGUGUCAAGUUUAAUACAUGUACAUACGAUGGAUGAGGUAGGCUGCAAUUGUGUUUUUGGGUCAAAGCCACAGAAGUGGCAGGCCAUUGUUACAUAGUGCUUGGUGAUACUUACUGCUCUCCAAUAAAUAAAGUGAAAGAAAAUAUAUGUUAUCCUUGGACACGAGCAACAUUUGCUGCCACAUAAUUUGGAAAUAUUUUUCUCUUUGCUUC